AUGUCGCAGCCGUCGCGUCCAAAGAGUCCUGAUGACCAAACUGCUAUGUAUAUUCGAGUAAAGCGUCUGAAGACAACUUAUUUUCUCCAAUGUGUGCCAAGUGAGACAAUUUUACAAAUUAAGGAGAAGUUGCAGGAACUCAUUGAUGAGCCAGUCAACAAUCAACGACUGAUUUUGAUGCCAGAUAAGGAAACACUAGACGAUUCAAAGUCACUUGCAGAUCAGAAGGUUGAGAAUGAUGCCGUGGUUGCCCUGACUUUGAGAAAAGAUGAUGAAUUUGAAGAGGUAAACAUUGCGAGACCAGAUGAAUUUUACCAAUCACGUGAGGCUGAUGGUGGUUCCAAUUGGUGA